AUGGCGCCGUCAGCUGAAACUUAUGGAGAAGGAUAUGUCAAUGAGGAAAUGUACACAUUCUCCCAUCCAAAUACAAAUUACCAGGGUAAAGACGAGCACUACCAGAUUGAUGAAGGACCACCCCAGUACGACGAAGAGAUUCGCGGAGGAUUCAAUGGUCAGCCACAGGCUAGCUUUCAAGAUGAUCCGAGUCAAUUUAGUGGAAUUGAUGUUGAAAAAAUGGUUGACUUCUCUCGUGAUCAACUAGACGUUGACAGGGAAGAAAUCGCAACUCGAAUAGGCGCGGACAAACUCUGGGUUCCUAAUGGAUUUCACGGCAAAACAACUGUACUCAAUCUUUACGUCACUGGACUCGUUACUAGCUCGCAGUUACAACAGCUUCAUCUUGGACAAAUAGGCCUAGAAGAGAUCAUGAACUGCACUUGGAGAUUUUUAUACGGCGAUACCCCGGUCGGUGGAGUACUCGACAUCAAAACGAGAGAGACCAACAACGUAUCCGAAGCAUUUGAAAAGGGUCUUCUAUCAAAAAAACAGGCAAUAAUGCUACUCGAGGCACAGGCCUGUCUGGCCUGCAUGAUCAAUCCGAAAACAGGCGACAAAAUGCGAGUAGAAGAAGCGUUAGCGGCUGGUUACGUGUCGUCCAAGUUUAAACGACAUUUACUUCUCGCAGAGCAGGCAGUGUUUGGCUUUGAAGCAGUCAACGGCCAGAUCCUCUCUCUUUUUGACGCGAUGAAACUCGGCAUGGUUCCACAAGGAAUGGCCUACAGAAUAAUGGAGGCAAUCAAAGUAUUAAAGCAGAUUUUGACCCAUGAAAGACAAUCUGGAGAGUCGUACCGCAAACUCUACGAUACAGCUCAAGAUGAUCCAGAGAGUGGUUUCCGCGUGCUUUACAUCGAUCCAGCCCUAGCAAUCCCAAAAGAAGCGAAAUCAAUUGAUCAUACAAUGUUUGAUGAGCCUUUACAGCCGUCAAAUGCUGGUAACAAGCUUGAUACUUUGGCAAAGUCAGGAAUGAUAGACCAGCAGAUUCUUCAAAAGUUUAAAAAAGGCGAAAUAGACGAGAAAGCCAUCAAAGAAAAAUUGAUGCCAUUUGUUGGUGGCUCUGGUGCGAUCGGAGGUGUAUUACACAAAGAGACUGGAAGUAUUUAUUCCUUCACCGAAGCGCUAGAACUUCGCCUAAUCAAGCGAUCCGUAGCAAUAGAGUUUCUUCAAGCUCAAAUUGCUACAGGUGGACUUAUUCAUCCCAAAACUGGAGAAAAAGCAUCAUUACAAAAUGGAAUUUCCUAUAAUUGGGUGCCGAAGAUAUUCGAACACAGCUUACUAGAGGCUGAACGAGCAUAUAAAGGCUUUACUAUUGCCGGCCAUUCAGGUCCUGUCCCGUUAGUUGAGGCUAUCCGGGUUGGCAUCGUUGGUGAAAUGCAAGGCACGCGAUUCUUAGAGGCUCAAGUUUCCACUGGCGGACUGGUCGACCCAGCAUACGGAUAUAGAAUUCCUCUUGAUAUGGCGAAAUCACAGAAUCUCGUUGAUAACAGAGUUAUCGGACUGCUGACACCGGAAUCUCCAGAGCAGAAGGGAUAUGUUGACCCACAAACUGGCGAAAACAAAACGUACGAAGAACUGCUAUCCGCGUGCAUAAAGCGCAACAACAUUCCAUUACUCCAAGUAACAGAUCGUGCGAACCAGAUCACGCAGAAUCAAAUGGUUUUCAUCGGAUAA